AUGCCGUGUGUUGUCACGAUAUCACCGAGCACACUCGCGGUGCAACAACGAUCCAAGUAUGUCGCUCGGAAACACAAGCGCACAAUCGUGACAAUUGUGACGAACGUUACUUCGAAGCUGUGUCCUUUUAAUGAACUUAAAAAGGAUGGCCUGAAUUAUCCAAAUACUUCGUACUAUUCGAUAUAUACAAACGAACAUCUCGUGAAGCGCUUAUCUUUUUUUUGUUCACAGCAUGGUAAAGAAAACGCGGCAUUCGUGGGCGACGAUGGGGUCGCGACGACACACUUCCAGAACCGGAACGUGAAUACCAUCACAGAAAAGAUCCAUGGAAGCGAUACCUUUGGUUUCCAAUAUGGGAUUCAGGACGAUCGCAAGUCGCCGAUCCCUGUGUCGAUUCCAGAAGAAAUGUCUAUCGCGGAGAACGGGGAGCAGAGGGCGACGUGGGGCAACGGGCUGGAGUUCUUGAUGUCCUGUAUCGCCAUGUCCAUCGGUCUUGGCAAUGUUUGGAGGUUCCCAUUCACUGCAUACGAGAACGGCGGCGGUGUUUUCUUGAUACCUUAUAUCAUCGUUCUGUUCGUUGUCGGGAAACCAUUCUAUUAUCUGGAGAUGAUAAUGGGCCAGUUUUGCAGCAGAUCGUCGGUAAAAAUGUGGGCUGCAGCACCCGGAUUCCGAGGUGUUGGCUGGGCCCAAAUGUUCUCCAUGUUGGCUGUAGGCACUUACUACUGUUCCUUGAUGUCUGUGACCCUCUACUAUUUAAUCGGCAGCUUCCAGUCUAAGUUACCUUGGUCCACGUGCCACGAGGAAUGGGAAGGAUCUUGCGUCGACUCGGGCGGUUCCUACAACGUAUCGCAACGUAACGGCACCGUUAUGAUCAGUUCCGCCGAGCUCUAUUUUCGAAAGAUCGUGUUGAAAGAGAAACAGACGAUCGACGAUGGGAUCGGAACGCCUGACUGGAAGCUAACGAUCUGUCUUCUGGUCUCCUGGCUCUGUAUAUUCGCCGUUUUGGCGCGGGGAGUGAAGAGUUCGGGAAAGGCGGCCUAUUUUCUGGCACUUUUUCCGUACGUGAUCAUGAUAAGCUUGCUGAUCAGAGCGGUGACCCUGGACGGUGCCGUGAACGGAAUAAUUUUCUUCAUCAAGCCGAACUGGAGGAAACUGUUCGACGCGAACGUCUGGUACGCUGCCGUCACACAGUGCUUUUUCUCGUUAUCGGUGUGCUUCGGCGGUGUCGUCAUGUACUCCUCCUACAACGAUUUCAGACACAACAUAUACAGAGAUGUAAUAGUGGUGACCACUCUGGAUACCUUCACCAGUUUAAUGGCAGGCUUCACAAUUUUCGGUAUACUGGGAAAUUUAGCGCACGAGCUCGGCACAGACGACAUCAGCAACGUUGUUCGCGGUGGAACCGGUCUCGCUUUCGUCUCGUAUCCGGAUGCUAUCGCGAAAUUCACUGUUCUACCUCAGCUGUUCUCGGUGUUGUUCUUCUUGAUGCUCUACGUUCUUGGCAUUGGAAGCGCGAUCGCCCUAGCUGGAGCAAUCGUCACGAUCAUCACCGAUCAAUUUCCUAACUGGAAGCAUUUCUACGUGGUGCUCGGCACUGCUACCUUUGGUUUCUUCGGCGGAACUGUUUAUUGUACACCUGGAGGUCAAUUCAUUUUGGAGUUGGUCGAUUACUAUGGCGGCUCCUUUAUCGUCUUCAUCCUGGCCACACUGGAGAUCACUGGAAUCUUUUGGGUGUACGGAUUGGAGAAUUUCGUGGACGACGUCGAGUACAUGCUGAAGAGAAGACCGUCCAUGUAUUGGAGACUCUGUUGGGCGGUCAUCACUCCUGUUCUGUUGGCUGUGAUCUUAGUUUACACGUUGGCUACCUUGAGACCCUUGACUUAUAGCGGUAUCUCGUAUCCCGACAGUGCACACGUUGCUGGAUGGAGUGUCUGCGCCUUCGGAGCACUGCAAGUUCCUUUCUGGUUCGUUUACACCAUAAUGUCGAAGAGGGACUCGAAGCUGUCAGAGAUGAUCGGAUCGGCCAUCAGGCCAUCCUCAGAUUGGGGACCCAAGAACACCAGGGAGCUGGCUUCCUGGCGCGAAUUUAAAGAGACCAAACGGAAAAUACGAGAGAAACGAGACUGUUCGACAUUCAAGCAGUUCGUUUACGUGAUACUCUGCUGGGAGGAGAAACUUGUGUGA